AGAUUGAUUCUGCUUGAGGAUAAUGGCAGGAAAAGUAAAGUGGGUAACUGACAUAGAAAAAUCUGUUUUAAUAAAUAACUUUGAAAAAAGAGGCUGGAUUCAGGUGACAGAGAAUGAAGACUGGAAUUUUUAUUGUUUGCCAAAGGUUUUGUCGGGGAGUAGGAAGCCUCUGACCUAGCAAGAUAUCAGUCACUUCUGGGAAUGCCAGUUGUAAAAAGCCCAGAGAAAAGGCUGUGUGCUUAGUGGAUGAGCGUACAAACAAUCAGAAAUGUUUUCAGUGUGGAGACCGGUUACCGCCUCUCUGAUGAUCAAAUUGUCAAUCAUUUCCCAAACCACUAUGAAUUGACCAGGAAAGAUUUGAUGGUAAAGAAUAUCAAGCGAUAUAGGAAAGAACUUGAGAAAGAAGGAAGUCCCCUUGCAGAAAAGGAUGAAAACGGGAAAUAUAUUUACUUGGAUUUCGUUCCUGUUACUUUUAUGCUUCCUGCCGAUUAUAACCUCUUUGUUGAAGAAUUCAGAAAAAAUCCCUCCAGCACUUGGAUUAUGAAACCUUGUGGCAAAGCUCAAGGAAAAGGAAUAUUUCUAAUCAAUAAACUCUCCCAAAUAAAAAAAUGGUCUCGAGAUAGCAAAACAUCUUCGUUUGUAUCUCAGUCUUCUAAAGAAGCUUAUGUGAUUUCUCUAUAUAUCAACAAUCCAUUGCUUAUCGGUGGAAAGAAAUUUGAUCUUCGCCUGUAUGUUUUAGUAUCUACAUAUCGUCCACUGAGAUGUUACAUGUAUAAACUUGGAUUUUGCCGGUUUUGCACAGUAAAGUAUACACCAAGUACAAGUGAACUGGAUAACAUGUUUGUACAUCUUACGAAUGUUGCCAUUCAGAAACAUGGGGAUGACUACAAUCAUAUCCACGGAGGCAAGUGGACAGUGAGUAACCUACGCCUUUAUCUGGAGAGCACCCGUGGGAAGGAAGUCACAAACAAAUUAUUUGAUGAAAUUCACUGGAUAAUUGUGCAGUCGCUGAAGGCUGUUGCGCCUGUAAUGAACAAUGAUAAACACUGCUUUGAGUGUUACGGAUAUGACAUAAUCAUUGAUGACAAGCUUAAACCAUGGCUAAUUGAGGUUAAUGCUUCCCCUUCUCUUACCUCCAGUACGGCUAACGAUCGCAUCUUGAAGUACAAUCUUAUUAAUGACACACUUAACAUUGCCGUGCCUAAUGGGGAAAUUCCAGACUGUAAAUGGAAUAAAUCUCCACCAAAGGAGGUUCUUGGCAAUUAUGAAGUCUUAUACGAUGAAGAGAUGGCGCAGAAUGAUGGGUCUGAUCGUGACUUGCGAAAUCGUUCUGGGCAGUCCACUGGAGUAAAAGGCAUUCGUGCAAGAGAUUCGGGAAAGCCUGCACUAACAACCUGGAAAUAAUAUAAGGAAAAAACAGCUGUGCUUUUGGUAGGAAGACAUCAUGAAUCUCUAACAGAUUCCUCUAUUUUGCUGCAUUGCAUGUAGGAAAUAUUAAAAGAGGACAAUACAGCCUUUGAAAAGAAGUGAAAUAAAUCCUGUAAAACCAUGAAUGGUGCUAGACAUACACUGACUUGAUGGUUACGACAUUAAUAUAUAUAGUAUGUAUGUAUAUAUAUUUAUUUUAUCUAUAUAUACUUUGCAUAAAAUAAUAUUCUCUCAGUAAUGAUUAAGAACUUUCUUUAUAAAAACGACAACUCAAAAUAUACAUUCUAAAAGAAACCCCUUGCUGUUCUGGAUAUAUUUCCUAUAGUAGCCUGUCCCCAACUCCCUAUAAUAAAUGUGCUGUGGAUUCUGUAGAAGGGUAGUAGUGGUGAGUGUUAAUGUUGUCACAAUGAUGACUCAGGUUCUUGCUGGUAAAAGAAGAGUGACCAGAACAAAUAGCAAUACAUGAGGUUGAGACUAUUGUCAGUUAAUGCAGCAAAUGAUAUAUAACCAAUAGUAAGAAAUUGAAAAGCAACUUUUUUAUAUGCUGAGGGUUUUUUUUUUAAUUUCCUUCAAGCGUUUUGAGCUGCUUACUCUUCAAAGGUAGAAAGUUUCAUGGAGUGAGGGAGUGUUUCAAAUGGCAUAUUGAUGCAUUAUUUCACUAGCCAUUAAGACUAUUCGAUAGAACUACAUGCUGUAAUAAGUCAUGUUGCUUGAAGCCGAUGAUAAAUCCUUAGUUGCACCAGAAUCUCUCUGUGUAUUUAUGCAUGUAUAUAAGUGCAAUAUCUCUAUAUUUUUGUAUAUUUUGUGUGCACUCUAACAAAAAUAUUGUUGCAUAUGGUAAGCUAUUUCUGCGAGCCCUGAUAACAAAAGUUGUGAUGAUUAGCAACUAAAAUAUAGAGAGCAAAAGUUAACAACGGGCAUUUCUUCUAACAGCAUAGCAUAUAGACAUGCAGUGCUGGUUGUCUUUAUUCUGCUUCCCCCUUCUCUGCUUUUGGAUUAGGUUUUUUUCAUGGUGGAGUAUUAUAGAGACAAAGAUGAAGGAGGCUCAGAGUUGCAAAUGUCCAUGUAACCAUACUACACUCUAAUCUGGAUUCCACUGGCGCUGUGCUACUCGCCUUGCCUGCCACAGUGGGCUCCGUGCUUUUCCCACUGAAGUGCAUGCAAAGUGAACUUAUCAUCUUCCAAAAG